AUGUUGCUCGAAGAUCAAAGGUUUAUUCAUGAGGAUCUGGAGCGGCUAGAACAGGCUAUCGCUGAUCGCGUGGCGGAGGAGCCGCGAAAUAUUCGCGAUCGCCUGGCCCGUGACCAUGAAGUCGCUAAGUUUUUGGAGAGAAUUGAGGACCAAUCGAAGCGACUCCUCGAAAUCUACAAGGAUGCCGAUGGUCUGCGGGAGAGAGAAGUGCAGUCAAUUUCGACCGGCGAGCAAUUCGACGAAUUUUACAAGCAGCUGGGGGAACUCAAAGAACAUCACAAGCGCUACCCGAACGAACCUGUCGAAAAUUUGGAAUUAGCGUACAAACGCCGUCAACCCGUUGAAGGCGAGCCUCAUUUCAAUGAAAUCGAUAACAUGUUCACUGGUGAAGAAGGAUUUGGACAGUACCUGGAUCUCACAGCUAUGCACGAACAAUAUCUGAACCUUCCCGGAGUAAAGCGCUUGACAUAUGUCCAAUAUCUCGAAAUUUUCGACUCUUUCACACCCCCAGCCAUGUCGAUCAAGCGCAAAGACAAGGUUUCUGAUCGCUACUUUGGCUACGUGGGAGAACUCUCGAGCUAUCUGGAAAGUUUUGUCAAGAAAGUCCGCCCGCUAGAGGAUUCAGACAAACUUUUCGCCAGUCUCAACGAAGAGUUUGAAAAGCAAUGGUCAGCGAAGGCGGUUCCUGGCUGGACAGAAGAAAAGUCUGAGAAUUCAACAUCUGGCCCGACAACGGAAGGGACCGGCGAGGGAAUCUGGUGUGCGGAUUGUGAGAAGGAAUUCAAGAACGAGAACGUUUACCGCAACCACUUGACGGGCAAGAAACAUAUCCGAGCGGCAGAAGCCCGAAAAGCAGCAGGCACAUCCGGCGAGAAGACAUCUACCUCACAAAUCAUACCUUCAGCCCAUAGUCUGAAGGAGCGUGAAGUUGCACGCCGAGAGCACAUAAUCCGAAGCUUGACAGAUGUCCUCAAGGGAGAACGACAAGCGUCAAGAAUCAACGUUGAGCGACGACAGGGUAUGACUGAACGUGAACGUCAAAUGGAGUUGGAAGCUCUGAUGGCUGGUCCUGAGAUCAUGGGUCCUGACGGUCAAGCCGGUGAGGAGUCAGAAGGUGAGGAUGAGGAGCGAAUUUACAACCCAUUGAAGCUGCCACUCGCAUGGGACGGAAAGCCUAUUCCCUAUUGGCUUUACAAGCUCCAUGGCCUGGGUGUUGAAUACCAGUGUGAGAUUUGCGGUAACUACACCUACAUGGGUCGACGUGCAUUCGACAAGCAUUUCUCCGAAUCACUCCACAUCUACGGACUCAAGUGUUUGGGUAUUACAUCAAACACCAACCUCUUCCGUGAAAUCACAAACAUCAAUGAUGCCAUAGAACUUUGGGGACAACUCGAGAAGGACCGGAAAAGGGACCGAGAUUCUCGCGACAACGUUGUUCAGAUGGAAGAUGCAGAGGGUAAUGUCAUGCCAGAAAGGAUCUAUUUGGAUCUGCAAAAGCAAGGCAUUCUCUAA